ACAUGGCGCUCAAAUGCCAGCAAGCGGGAGAGAGCGGGGGCGAGGAGCGAAGAAGAGCAGGAACGAGCAGCUUGUUUCCACCGAAACCCUAAAUUUCCGCCGGAGGGUCCUGUUGAUUUCUGACCGAGGAGCGAGCAAGUGACGGCGGAAAUCAAUCGGCCGACAUGUCGGGAAGGAAAGAGACGGUUUUGGAUUUGGCCAAGUUCGUGGACAAGGGGGUUCAAGUCAAGCUUACUGGUGGAAGACAAGUUACUGGUACUUUAAAGGGAUAUGAUCAGUUACUGAACCUUGUUCUGGAUGAAGCUGUGGAAUUUCUACGAGAUCCUGAUGACCCCUUGAAGACCACGGAUCAAACCAGGCGUCUUGGCCUAAUAGUCUGCCGGGGAACUGCUGUGAUGCUUGUGUCGCCUACUGAUGGCACAGACGAGAUUGCGAAUCCCUUCGUCCAGCCAGAUGGCGCUUAAAUUAGUCUUUCCUUUUCCUUUUUGUUCUUCGCCUUACUUUUGGCUGGAUAUCUGUACAAAUAUCUUGCCAUCCAUUAUGAAUUAACUCCUCUGAUGUUUAGCUUA